GCAACCUUCCUGAUGCACCACAGUACCAAACGUACUUUCCCAAUUGCUCAAUGGCGAUUUAUAAAGACGUCUAUAACGAAGCUUAGCUUGCGCAGCCAACCAUAUCAACGAGAGAGAGUAGUACUCGAUCAAGCGUUUACUACCAUCAUGGCCCAUCCCUGCAGUGAUCACGGCUACGACCUUGUUGCGCUGCGACGAAAGCUCCGGCUCCUCCUCCACCUCCUCGACUGCGUCCGCUUCCUCGCGGCCGUCGUCCUGGACCGCCUCGGCGUCCUCUCGUGCCCCGACGAGACGCUGCCCGGGCAGCCCUGGGCUGAGCUCGUCGACUGUACAGGUGCCAUGGAGCGCCUCAUGGAGGCGGCGUUUCGGGAGCCUAGCUCGAAGCGGUACUCGUCGACGGCCGUGCCGCAGUACAGGCGACGGCGGAUUGGGCUGGCGGCAGAAGCGUCAGAAGAAUACAAGGGAGCCGACGACGACGAGGGGAGAGAGGCCGUCUGCGCGAUUUGCUUGGCGCCGCUGCAGGAAGCCGGAGGGUGCCAGCAGCAGCGGGUCACGGAGCUGUGCAGCUGCUCGCACGCUUUCCACGCCGCGUGCAUCGAUUCUUGGUUCGCGAGCGGGGAGGGCGACGGCGCAGGGACCUGCCCGCUAUGCCGCACGCCGACGCUGCCACCGGCGUGGGGUGGGUGGCCAGAAGCAGUGCCACACGCGUCUUGAACUUUUGAUUGCUUUUAGAGGUUGAGGAUCGAAGAAACAAUCCCAAUCGCCUCAAUGGAGUACAUGGAGAAGAAGCAAUAUACGUUACACGGCCACUUCGCAUAAUUACUUCUUCCGUUCCUAAAUACUUGUUGACAAGCAUUUACAAACAGAGGAAGUAGUAUUUUUGUUGUAAAACUUUCUACUGCGUACUCAUAGAUUGGUUUUUCCUCGGAAAAAAAACAGUAGAAUGGUCGUUUUGGUACGUCUUGUCACGCUGACUUCACGCCCUCGAAUGUUUUUCCUUGCAGGCGUUGCACGCCAACUUUUCUGCCAAAUGAUAAGUUCCUCGUCUUUUGUUUGCUCUA